AUGUCUGCACUCCGAAGGAAAUUUGGGGACGAUUACCAGGUAGUGACCACCUCGUCCAGCGGCUCGGGCUUGCAGCCCCAGGGGCCGGGCCAGGGCCCGCAGCAGCAGCUUGUGCCCAAGAAGAAGCGACAGCGGUUCGUGGACAAGAACGGCCGGUGCAAUGUCCAGCACGGCAACCUGGGCAGUGAGACGAGCCGCUACCUCUCGGACCUCUUCACCACCCUGGUGGACCUCAAGUGGCGCUGGAACCUCUUCAUCUUCAUUCUCACCUACACCGUGGCCUGGCUCUUCAUGGCGUCCAUGUGGUGGGUGAUUGCCUACACUCGGGGCGACCUGAACAAAGCCCACGUCGGCAACUACACGCCCUGCGUGGCCAACGUCUAUAACUUCCCUUCGGCCUUCCUCUUCUUCAUCGAGACCGAGGCCACCAUCGGCUAUGGCUACCGCUACAUCACCGACAAGUGCCCCGAGGGCAUCAUCCUCUUCCUCUUCCAGUCCAUUCUCGGCUCCAUCGUGGACGCCUUCCUCAUAGGCUGCAUGUUCAUCAAGAUGUCCCAGCCCAAGAAGCGCGCGGAGACCCUGAUGUUUAGCGAGCACGCGGUGAUCUCUAUGAGGGACGGAAAACUCACGCUCAUGUUCCGAGUGGGCAACCUGCGCAACAGCCAUAUGGUCUCCGCGCAGAUCCGCUGUAAGCUGCUCAAAUCUCGGCAGACACCUGAGGGUGAGUUCCUUCCCCUUGAUCAACUUGAACUGGAUGUAGGUUUUAGUACAGGGGCAGAUCAACUUUUUCUUGUUUCCCCCCUCACGAUUUGCCACGUGAUUGAUGCCAAAAGCCCCUUUUAUGACCUAUCCCAGCGAAGCAUGCAAAGUGAACAGUUCGAGAUUGUCGUCAUCCUAGAAGGCAUUGUGGAAACAACUGGGAUGACUUGUCAAGCUCGAACAUCAUACACUGAAGAUGAAGUUCUUUGGGGCCACCGUUUUUUCCCUGUAAUUUCCUUAGAAGAAGGAUUCUUUAAAGUUGAUUACUCCCAGUUCCAUGCAACAUUUGAAGUCCCCACGCCACCUUACAGUGUGAAAGAACAGGAGGAAAUGCUUCUUAUAUCAUCCCCUUUAAUAGCACCAGCCAUAACUAACAGCAAAGAAAGACAUAAUUCUGUGGAAUGCUUAGAUGGACUAGAUGACAUUAGUACCAAACUUCCAUCUAAGCUGCAGAAAAUUACUGGAAGAGAAGACUUUCCCAGAAAACUCUUGAGAAUGAGUUCUACAACUUCGGAAAAAGCCUACAGCUUGGGCGAUUUGCCCAUGAAACUUCAACGAAUAAGUUCAGUACCUGGCAACUCAGAAGAAAAACUGGUAUCUAAAACCACCAAAAUGUUGUCUGAUCCCAUGAGCCAGUCGGUGGCUGAUUUGCCACCAAAGCUUCAAAAGAUGGCCGGAGGAGCAGCCAGGAUGGAAAGGAAUCUUCCAGCAAAACUAAGAAAAAUGAACUCUGAUAGAUUCACAUAA